CAGACCGCCGUUAAAUCCUAAUAUCAAUGGCACUACCCCGCAGCUGUCACCACUAUUCGACGCAAUUCACCGCCGCCGCUCCCAACUCUCUCGCCGUCUCUCUCUAAUCGCGCGGAAUGGAAAACUCUGUCGAGGAAAAACAAGCACGAACCCUGCCGAACCCUAACCCCGACCAAGAUGAACACCUAGACCCUUCAGAUGCCAAGGAAGAUGAAAACGACGUCGUGGACGACGACGAAGAAGAGGACGAAGAUGAAGUAGAGGAGCAAGAACCGCCAUCGAAGCCCCUAUCCCGAGAGGCCCAACUACGCGCCCAUAAAUCUAAAAUGGACGACCUCUUCCGCCGAAUGCAGACCGAGAAGGUCAAUCUCCGAGUCCACGACGUGUUGAUCAAGGGCAACACCAAGACCAAGGAGUGGCUUAUCGAGGCCGAGCUGGAGGGCUUGAAGAGUGCCACCACGCUGCAAGGGCUGCUCGAGGCGGCCGGGAUUGCCAAUGCGAGGCUUCAGCAGUUCGAUAUUUUCGAUUCCGUUAGGGUCACGCUCGAUUCGGGCCCGCCGGAACUUCCCGGGACCGCCAACGUCAUUGUAGAGGUCGUCGAGACCAACAACCCUCUCUCUGGGGAGUGCGGCGCUUACAUGAAGACCACGGCUAGAUCUUGGACCGUUGAAGGUUCUCUCAAGUAUAAAAACUGGUUCGGUCAUGGGGAUGUUUGGGAUGGGUCAGUGGCAUAUGGUCCUAACCAAACAUCAGAGGUCAGUGCUGGUGUGUUUUUGCCCAGAUUCAAAGGAUUGUUAACUCCUGUGCUGGUACGAGUAUCCCUGCUAUCCCAAGAUUGGCAAGAGUUCUCUUCUUAUAAAGAACGACUGUUGGGCCUUUCUCUUGGAUUGCUUUCCACCAGGCACCAUGACUUAGUAUACAACCUUGGAUGGCGUACCUUAACGGAUCCAUCAAAAAUGUCAUCCAGGUCGGUAAGGAGGCAGCUUGGACAUAGUUUGCUUUCAUCUUUAAAGUACACAUUUAAGAUUGACAGGAGGAAUUCAUCUGUGAGGCCUAUUAAAGGAUAUGCUUUUGUUUCUACCACUCAAGUAGGUGGCCUUGCACCAGAUCACAGGAGCUUGCGGUUUUUGCGUCAGGAGUUAGAUCUUCGUUAUGCUGUACCCUUUGGCUUUUAUCAUGCUGCACUCAACUUUGGGAUCUCCGGUGGUGUUAUAUUUCCAUGGGGCCGUGGAUUUUUGGACAAGCCAUCGCCCUUGCCUGAAAGAUUCUUCCUAGGGGGUGAUUUCUCUCCAAUUUGCACUUUAGGAGGCCCAACAACUGUGUGGGGAUUUAAGACAAGGGGAUUGGGACCUACAGAGCCGCGAAGGCAAAUUAAAGAUAAACCUAAUGAUGAGAAUUCUGAUUUUCCUGGAAGGGAUUUUCUUGGAGGAGACCUUGCUGUUACUGCUUUUGCAGACCUUUCUUUUGAUCUUCCAAUUAAGUGGUUAAGAGACCGAGGAAUCCAUGGGCACAUUUUUGCUGGUGCUGGAAACCUUGCUAAACUGACAGAGAAUGAGUUUUGGAAUUUCUCUUUCCGUAAGUUCCUAGAGUCAUUCCGAAGCUCUGUAGGAGUUGGGAUUGUUGUCCCCACAAAACUUUUCCGCCUAGAGGGCAACUUCUAUUACAUAGUCAAGCAACAUGAUCAUGACCGUGGCAAGACUGGCUUUCGGUUUAGCUUCUCUGCUCCAUCGUAGAAUCUGGAAGUUCUUCCAGGAAGAUUGAGGUGACGCAUAGAAGGAUGAGAUUUCAGGUACCCAAAAAAAAGUUUUUUCCUAAAAUUUUUUUAUUGUUUGACAACUCUCAGUUUGGACUGGGAAUGUUAUUUGUACUUUGAAAUCUAGACUUGAAGUCCAGAAAGCAUGGUAUUUCUGAAAUUGAGGAAAAUAAAGUUUCAGGUGUUGGCAUA